AACCUUUGCCGCCUUGCCGCUACCGUGCUUCUGUUGGCCGGGCGAUCAGCCGACACGACCCCGAUGCACCUGACAGCGUAGGCACACCCUGUCUGAACCAUUGUGCUCGAUCACGAGCAGAUUUGCUGUCCGUCGGCGAGCUACAAUUGGCUUUACAUCUCACAGAGGCUCUCCUUGGCAGCAUCGUCGGACGCUUGACUGCAUCACCCUCAUCCGCACACGCUUGCCAAGAUGAAGCUGACAGUCUAUCUUGUCUCCUUCAUCGUGCUCAUCUCCACGGUGACCUUGACGAUCAUCGGUGCUGCCAUGCCCAACUGGAUAAAGUACACGACGCCUGCCAGCUCGCCGUUCCCGUACAGGACGACUUAUGGCCUCUUUGCAAAGUGCGAUUCCACGCCCCUCACCGACGGCUGGCGCUGCCGGUCAUUUCCCAAUAGAUCCAAAGACUGCUCACCCUCGUCUUCACUCUCGCUCGCGUCUGACGAUCCCGAGCGAGCUCUUCAAAGCGAGGAUCAAGUGAGGAUACGGAAACGUCGAUCCGAGGGCUUUGGGUUCUGCGAACUCUGGCUCACUGCGGGCUACGUGACCAGUCUGUCCAUCGUUUUCGGUCUCGGUGCCAUCCUCAGUAUCAUUCUGGUCAUGUUCGGCGGACGUAAACGCCGUCAAGAGGGUUGGAAAGUCUGCUCCGUCAUGAUAUCCCUGCAUGCGGCUUUCCAAAUCCUCGCAACGGCCAUCAUUGCGCAGCUCUACAAUGGCGAUGACCGCUUUUGGUAUGGCACCAAGCUGGGCUCCUCUUUCGUACUCACGACCAUCAGCUGGAGCUUGGAUAUCGUUCUCGUCGUUGCGAUCUUGGCCGGUGGAUAUAUCGCCUCUUCCGAAGAGGACGGCUACCAGGCGAUUCCCAACUGAAGCACCAUCGCAUGAUCAUACCCUUUUUACGACCUCUAGCAUGCAAGACCGCACACCUCGCGACUGUAAGAAUCCUGCUAAUCCUGUACUCCUACCUCGCGCGACAGUUUUGUACCACGCAAAUCUUAGCAUCAAGUCAAGUCGCUAGGAAAGCAAUAUCGGAACAGUUGAUGAGUGCAAUGAUUGUACAAAACAGUCACCGGUCUGAGGAGGUAUUGAGUGCGCAAUAGGUCUUGAGAGUCGAAAGAGCGAAACGGGCUAGCGAGCGCAUUGGCUUUUAUGUGGACACUGCAAAACCGACGGCGUCCUUCUCCAGGCUGUAGACGGUGAAGAAGCGACGGAGGAAGACGUCGCCGACGAUCCAGAUGGGUCCGAUCGACUCAGGGAAAUCAAGACC